AUGGUGAACAUCUCCUACACAGAGACCUCGGGCGACAUGCUCGCCACAUACGCCCCCGACACGGACCCCGCCCUCUACAACCUGGGCGAUAUCGCGUUCGUGCUGGCAGGCAUGGCCCUCGUGUGGCUUAUGAUUCCUGGCGUCGGCCUCUUCUAUUCCGGCCUCAUGCGCCGCAAGAACGCGCUCUCCAUGAUCAUGCUCUCAAUGUGUGCUAUCGCGGUCGGCUCGUUCCAGUGGUUCUUCUGGGGCUACUCCCUUACUUUCUCCGACACUGCUUCCGUCUUUAUCGGCGACCUCAAGCACUUUGGCCUGAUGAACGUCCUCGAUGCGCCCAGCAUGGGCAGCACUCGAAUCCCCGCUCUCGUCUUCUGCGCCUAUCAGUGCAUGUUCGCCAUCAUCACCGUGGCCCUCGCAUGCGGUGGCUUCGCUGAACGCUCCCGCAUCGGCCCCGUUGGUGUCUUUAUGUUUGUCUGGCUUACCGUCGUCUACUGCCCCAUCGCAUGCUGGACUUGGAACGCCAACGGCUGGACCUUUAUUCUUGGCGGCCUCGACUUUGCCGGCGGCACCCCCGUCCACAUAUCGUCGGGCACUGCUGCUCUCGCCAUCGCCUGCUACCUCGGCAAGCGGAGAGGCUACGGCACCGAGCGCCUCGCCUACAAGCCCCACAACACGACCUUUGUUGUCCUCGGCACAGUCUUCCUUUGGUUCGGUUGGUUUGGCUUUAACGGCGCCUCGGCUCUUUCCGCCAACCUCCGCGCUGUCCAGGCCUGCAUCGUCACCAACCUCGCUGCCUCGGUCGGUGGCCUCACCUGGAUGCUCCUCGACUGGCGUCUUGAGAAGAAGUUCUCCGCCGUUGGUUUCUGCUCCGGUGCCGUAGCCGGCCUCGUUGGAAUUACCCCCGCCGCUGGCUUUGUCGGCUCGCCGUCUGCCGUCGCGAUCGGGUUUGUCACCGCUGUCGCCGCCAACUUUGGCACCAAGAUCAAGUACUUUGUGCGGAUAGACGAGGCGCUCGACGUGUUUGCGUCGCACGGCAUCGGCGGCUUUGUGGGCUGCAUACUCACAGGUCUGUUCGCCGACUCGCGCGUUGCAGGCUUUGACGGCGCGACCGUCAUCGCCGGCGGCUGGAUAAACAAGAACUGGGUGCAGCUCGGCAAGCAGAUUGCCGACGCCGUGUCUGGCAUGGCAUGGUCGUUUGUCGUGACCACGAUCAUCCUGUGGGCGAUGCACUUUAUCCCCGGCCUCCGCCUGCGCUGCAGCGAGGAAGAGGAGAUUGUGGGCAUCGACGACGCGUUCCUCGGCGAGUGGGCAUACGACUAUGUCGGCAUGGACCGCGAGCUCGAGCUCGAGCACGAGCACGCGCCUGCCGAGCGCGGGCGCGCUCCGCUCUCGCCUAAUGAGAAGGCGAUGGAGCAGACGCGGGUACAGACGCCGUCGGAGAAGGGCGAACCCUCGGCCGACAUGAGCGCUGCGCCGAGCUCGCCGCGCGAGUAG